CAACUUCAUUCAGAUAGUUGGGAGAAAACUGCAAUGACAACAUUUGAGGAACAGACAGAACAUGUUGUGAACGCCUUAUACUACGAUCUCUUAUGUGGAGAUGAAAUUGAUAAUCGAUGUCUGCAGACAGAUUCAGGAGGGCCUGUGCUGUUUGCAGGAGAACCUCCAAGUGAUUUUGACCCAGUUAUUAUUGCCAGUCGUCUGCGACAGAUCGGGGACCAGUGCAACAUGGAUUUUGAAAGGGUUUCCUCAGAGGUUCUCGCUGAAGUACUCACAGGGAAGAUGGAGAAGUUUGGGGCUGCUGUGGAUUCUCUCAGCAGAAGUUGGAGUGACCAGAACCCUGAGAUGGUCUAUGAGAGAGCUUUUCUCUCUGUUUCUGUGAAACUGAUGAUGUAUAUUCUUAAGAAAGUCCCAUCUGUGUUCCAUCCCAGUCAACUCAUAACAGUGAUUAAUGGAAAUGCUCAAGUGAAAAACUACAUUGAGGCCUCUGGAGGAUGGGAGAACUUGGACGACUGAGAGGAAGUGUUAUACUACUUUCCAAAAAGUUUGGAUGUCAUUGAUUUAAGUGGGACAAUUGCUUUCAUAUUUAUUCAGAUUGCCAGAAGAAUCAUACAAAUAAGAACUGUGUAAAAGAUAUUCUAU